GUUCAAUGGAGAUGUCUCUUAUGCGCCAGAGUUCUUUCAACAGAGCUUCGCCACCCCAAAUGACCAGCAUCCCAUAUGCAAGUCUACCUCGCCAACAGAGACCAUUGCCGGCAAGGGUACAUCUCCAGCGGUGGCAUGGCGGGCAACAACAGGUUAUUUUGGGCAGAUCGAGGAAGAUAGAGAAGCUAGAAAUCGGUGGGAGAUCCUUCUUAAAUGGACCAUUCAAAGGAGGUAGAGCCCCUCAAGCUAUGGCCUUUGAGAAGCCAGAAAUGUUUCCCGAGUUCGAGACAGACACAUACGCAGACAAGGAAAAGAUGCUGGCAAACUACGUGCCAGUGUUUGUGAUGCUCCCUCUGGAUGUCGUCUCAGUUGACAACACGCUCAAGAAGCCAGAAGAACUGAGGAAGCGCCUUAAGCAUCUGAGGAACGCCGACGUCGAUGGGGUGAUGGUAGAUGUUUGGUGGGGCAUCGUGGAAGGCAAGGGUCCCAAGCUCUAUGACUGGAGCGCUUACAAGGAUUUGUUCCGGAUGGUUCAGGAAGAAGGGCUCAAGUUGCAGGCCAUCAUGUCAUUCCAUAAUUGUGUGGAGGGCACCGUGAAUAUCCCGAUGCCGCCAUGGAUUCUUGAGGUGGGCAAGUCAAACCCGGAUAUCUAUUACACCAACAGGCGUGGAUACUGA